AUGGGAAGAGGAAGAGUUGAAUUGAAGAGAAUAGAAAACAAAAUAAACAGACAAGUAACUUUCUCAAAAAGAAGAAAUGGUUUGCUCAAGAAAGCUUAUGAACUUUCUGUUCUAUGUGAUGCUGAAGUUGCCCUCAUCAUUUUCUCUAGCCGUGGAAAACUCUAUGAAUUUGGAAGUGUUGGCACUGCCAAAACUCUUGAGAGAUACCAACGCUGCUCUUUCAAUCCUCAACAAGAUGAUCACCAAAUCGAUGGCGAAACACAGAGUUGGUACCAAGAAGUGUCUAAGCUGAAAACAAAAUAUGAGUCUCUUCAAAGGACUCAAAGGCAGUUACUUGGAGAAGAUCUUGGACCUUUGAACAUAAAGGAGCUGCAGAAUCUUGAGAAACAGCUUGAAGGUGCUUUGGCACAAGCUAGACAAAGAAAGACACAAAUUAUGAUUGAACAAAUGGAGGAGCUUCGCAAAAGGGAACGUCAUCUAGGAGACAUGAACAAGCAACUAAGACUCAAGCUUGAAGGAGAAGGGUUUAAUCUUAAAGCUAUGGAAAACUUAUGGAACUCAAACUCAGUUGCUGGAAAUAGCAACUUCACCUUUCAGCAACCUCAAACCAACCCUAUGUCUAUGACUAUGGAUAUCCAAGCAGAACCCUUUUUGCAAAUAGGAUACCAACAAUAUUUUCAAGCUGAAGCAUCCAAUGCUUCCAAGAACAUGGCUUGUGAGACUAACUUCAUGCAGGGAUUUUUCCUUUGA